CUUCAACCAAGGAUCGUUGUUAGAUGCCCCUGUUGGAUCAAAUUCCUCAUUGGGAUGGCGCAACUUGUUGUUUGGAAGAGAUCUCAUUUUUCAAGGAUUAAGAUGGCAAGUUGGGGAUGGACAAGAUAUUAUAGCAUUCCAGAACAAGCGGGUGGCUUUAGAGAAACCCAUUACUCCAUUGCUUCGCCUCCCGAAUCUUACCAACUCCCCAAGUGUCUCUUUAUUAUUAGAGAAGGUAGAGGAGAGUGGCAUAUCCCAAAACUUCGAUACUGUUUUGAUCCAAGAUCAGUAUCCCUUAUAUGUAAAACCCACCUCCCUAGAUGCUAUCAAAGAGACACUAGAAUUUGACAUUUUACCAAAAAUGGAUCUUAUACGGUUAAAACUGAAUAGCAUCUGGCAUUAGGGAUGACAAAUGGGUCUUAAAGUUUGGAUAUUACCCAAACUCAACUAAUUAUGGGUCAAAUCAAGUUUGAGUCAUACCCAUAUUCAAUUGUUUAGUUUGGAUCUAAAUUGAACCCAUAGUAUAGGAAGUAAAAAAAAAUUGGGUAUCCAAUCAUAAUGCAAUUGUUGUCUUAUUUUUUGUUGGGAAUAAAAUUAAAAGGUGAAAACACCUACAUUAAAGGUGUGCAAAUAGAUUGAAAGUAGUUAAUGAAAUAGUUUAUAUUGUUUUUGUGCAUACAACCAUUUAGAUCCGAUAGACCCAUUUGGCUAUAAUCCAAAUGAAUUGACCCAAUUAAAACCCAACCCAAACCUAAAAUCGAUACAAGUGCAUAUGGGUCCAUUUGAGUUCGACCCAAUACACAUAUGGAUCAUGAUAUUUGGGUCAAAUGACCCAAUGGGUCUACCCAUUGCCAUGUCUAUCUAGCAUUAGAAAUCUCUUUAGCCUCGAGUCGUAAGCCCUUGGUCCAAAUUAUUUACCCUCCUAUAUGGAAAAAACGUGAGAUAUUCAAGUUUCUAAUAAACUGAAAAAUUUCAUAUGGCAAUGACGGAAAGUGAUUUUACCGACAAUUCACAAUAGUAGCACUUGAAUCAAGAGGAGCAAUUGUCUUACCCGAUGUCCUGUUUGUUGGAGGAGUCGAAAAAGUAUUGAACACCUAUUCUUUAGAUGCCCAUUGGCCACCAAGUUGCAGUCGCCUAUGGGUCUAAAUGAUUUCAUUGCCUCAGUCCCAACUGUGAUUUUCGGUCGUUGGUGGUGACAUGUUAUGCUUUCUGAGCACCCCCAAACCCAUGUUCACUAUUACGUAUGUGUACUAUAGAGGAUCUGGAAGUCUUGUAAUAUUGCCACAUGCCCAGUCCCUAGCUCGUCAAUGUUUUCUCCAAGUUCGUGAAGUCUCUUCCCCACCCCCUCCCGCGUCAAUCCCUCCUCAUCGACCCCCGUGUUCCCGACCUAGCUCUUGGGUUCCUCCUCCAUAUGAUUUCCUAAAGAUCAACUUUGAUUUCGCUGUUCAUGAUUUUGAGUGCUCGUUUGGCCUAGUUGUUCGCGAGACAGACGGGCAUGUGGUGUUGACAGUAGGAUCCCAACAUCCCCGCAUUGAUGAUCCUUACCUCAUGGAGCUUCUUGCAGAACCUGAUGCCAUUUCUCUCGUGGUCUCUAAGUCCCUACCUCGCGUCAUUAUCGAAGGCGAUUCAAAAGUGGUGAUUCUUCAGCUUUGUUAGGGUGUAUCUUCAGAUUCCCUCAGAGGACCUUUUCUUCGUAAUUGUCUUUAUAUUCUGUCUUUAGUUUUUGUUUGUUUAGAGUUUAGGAAAGUUCCUAGAAGUGCAAACGGAGCUGUCCAUAAAGUGGCGCAAAAAGUCCUAUUACUGUCUCCCCUUGAGUUAGGUUCCUUCGACUUUGUAGGGUGGUCUCACCGAGGGGGUACUAUGGGUGGGAUACUUGGUAGAUUGUAUAGAUUCCUUUCUAUUGUCAUUAGGGAUGCAAAUGAGCCGAGUGGCUCACGAGCGGCUCGACGUUCGGCUCGAAGAAACUCGUUCGAGACUCGACUCGUUUAUUAAUGAGUCGAGCUCAAUCUGCGCCUUGUUAAGCUUGUAAGGCUGGCGAGCUAGCUCGACUCGGUAACUUGUUGAGCUAACUCGUGAGUUAGCUUGUUAUGAGUUAUGAACUAACUCGAUAAUAUGGUUAGCGAGCCAUACAUUUGUAACUUAUUAGUUGAUAAUCCAUACAUUUGUAAGAUCACAUAUAUCAACAUAUAUAAUGUUUAAGACUAUGAAGACGUGACCAAAUAUGUCUCAUUUUAUUUUUAAAAUGAAAUUAUGUAUCAUAGAUAGUUUAAAAUACUAAUUAUUAUCAAAUAAAAUCAUAUUUGUGAACUAAAUGAUAUGAUACCUGAGCUAGAGCCUAUGUCGCGAGCUGAUUGAUGAGUCAAACUCGAGUAGAGCUCAUUAACAAGCCAAGCUCGAGUCAAAUACGAGCUUAGGUUUUAGUAAAAAGCCGAGCUCGAGCCUGAACUCAACUCUUUUAUUAAUGAGCUGAGCUCAAACUGGAUCAGAACUCGGCUCGACUUGACUCAUUUGGAGCUUUAUCAUUAGCGUCGGUCGGUCCGGCUACAUUUAUAUUCCUUGACCCUUGAGAUAUGAGUAUUCAAACCACUGAACUGACUGCGGCCUCAGAGUAAAAUUGGUUCCUGUCGUCUUUUGAUUAUUAACGUCCACCUUCGUUCAAAUUAAAUACCUGCACAAAUCUCGAAGAUAAAAAAAAAAAAUCAGACCGCUGCACAGGAGACAUGGAGGAGAAUGCGCAGAUCCAUCCGUAUUAAUAUGAAUAUAUAUAUUUAAUUAUUUAUGAUAAAAAUAAAAUUACAAACUAAAAUCAGCAAACAAACGUAAAAUCAAUUUAAUUAAGUUCGUUCCCAACAGAACAAUAAUAAUUAAUAACAAUAUGAUAAAGUAAAAUUACAACAAUGAAUGGAAUAAACAAAAAGCUGCGACGGGCGCAUGCAGAGGCCACAGUAACCCAUGCUAACUGCCAAAAACUAAUCAAUCAAAAAGAAUCAAAAUUUUCAAAGCUGGAGAGCGUCUCUUCCACCACCACCAUUUUUCAAAAUUCAACCACAGCCAAACAAACACAGUGGAGAAAAUCGAAAACCCUAUUAUUAUUAUUAUUAUUAUUAUUAUUAUUAUUAUUAUUAAAAAGGAUAAAUAAUAAAAUAAACCACAAUCAGGCUGCCAUUUGCUGACAUAAACACAUAAUUGUCUCCAACUACGCCCCAACUGUUUGCUUGAAAUCAAAGACAAAUCCCUUCUACACACAUGGGCGGGAAUAAGUACAGCUCAAUUUUCAAACAAACACUAUUGUUUAAA